GGUGCGGCGGCCGUUAGUGACCGUCUGGACGCGCCUGCAUCGCCUGCAUGCAACAUGAUGAUCCCCUGGGUGCUUCCCCUGUUCCUCGCGGCUGCCUGCUCGGCCGUCCCGCCAGGCUACCUGGACGGCUAUGUCCAGGGCUACGACUCGCUGGGCCAUGACGGCUACGAGGUGCUGGGACACGGCCACAGUGUGAUCGACGCCGCCCCCGCCAUCAAGUACGCCGUGCCAGACGCGCACGCCUACGUCAAGGAGCCGGCGGUGACCUACGUGCAGAAGGUCCCCGUGUCCUACGCCUCACCGGAGCCUCUGCUGGGCUACGCCAAGUCCCCCGUGGUGUACGCGCCGGAGUCCUACCACGACGCCAGCCCCGUGGUGUACGCCAAGUCCUCUCCAGUGGUGUACGCCCCCCAGGCGCACGCUCCUGUCGCCUACGCUGAGAAGGCCGUCGCCGUGGCCCCCGUCGCGGUGGCCGCGCCGAGCUACGCCCUCGGCCACGAUCUCACCCAUGACCUCGGCCACACGACGGUCAUCUCGGACGACCACGGACAUGGGCUGGAGCACGCCACCAUCCUUGCUGACGGCCACGGCCUUGAACACAGCGCCGUGCUGGCCGACGGCCAUGGCCUCGGACACGCCGUGGUGGCUACCCCUGACCUGUACUCCUACGGCUCGUAUGGCACGGGCUUGAAGGGGCCGCUGUCUUACGCCUCCUACGGACACGUGGGCCACAGCCUGUACGACGGCUCCGUGGCGUACGGCAGCUCGUACGGCUACCCCACUGCCAAGGGCCCCGGCGCCAAGGCCCACGGCUACACGUCCGUCGUCAAGGGCCCUCACUCCAUCUCCUACCAGAGCGUGCACAAGGAGGACGUCCCGUACGGCUACGCCUCGCACUACGGCUACGCCGGCCACGGUCUCCUCGGCGGGGAGGUCCUCAGUGGCGGUCUCGGCCACGGCCUCGUCUCCGGCUACGCGACGUCCAACCACGGCUACGGCCUCGGCCACGGCCACGGCCUCGUCUCCAGCUACGCGACGUACAACCAGGGCCACGACCUCGGGCUGGGCUACGGCCACGGCUACGGCCAUUACUAACCACCGCUAGCCACCCUCAGCGAGCACCAUGUGCUGCAGCACUGCUGCCCGACCGUGCGAGACUGUACAGCGGGUGAACGCACCCCGAGCGGCGCCGAGCCACCCGACAGCACUAGUCAUUUCACCAAACUACAAAUCGACAAACAGACAGCUCAAUCGAAACGGUUCCUCGAAGGCCACUGAGCGGCCUCCAGCCUCAGCCUCCAGCACUGCCUCCAGACGCGACUUAGGGGGCCGAGGAUGGGGAGUUAUGCGCCAAGACAGUAUUUAUGUAAAUAUAAAAUAAGUGAAAAAUAAAUCGAUUGUUCAUGCGAUGACU